GUUUGAGCGUCCACAUAUAUAUAUAUAUAGGCUGAGACCUGCUUAUCUGAGCAGAGGCUGAGCACAAGGGAGGCAAAGAUGUUAACAACUGUUGCACGUGCCCUUCGUGGAUCUAAAUCCAUUACAUGGAGGAGUCUGUCUACCAGCAGUUAUUUGUCUGCACAUGGUACUUCAAGUGACCCAGUGCCUUACUAUACCAAACCAAGCUAUUACGAUUCCCGUGCGCUACCUCUGCCCGAUGUACCCUAUGUGUCUGAGCUGAAUCCACAACAAAAAGUGCUGAAAGAAAAAGAAGCAGGAUCCUGGACCCAGCUAACAAAGGAAGAAAAAUUGGCACUGUAUCGUAUCAGCUUCAACCAGUCCUACACAGAGAUGAAAAAGGGAACACCAUCAGAGUGGAAAACCGUGUUGGGUGUUGUAUUUUACUUUCUGGCCUUUAGUGGAAUAUACCUCUGGUGGCAUCGUACUUAUGUGUUUGGUCCUGUCCCUCACACCCUCUCUGAUGAAUGGGUAGCAAUGCAAACGAAAAGGAUGGUUGAUAUGAGGGUGAAUCCUGUUACAGGCUUCUCCUCCAACUGGGACUAUGAGAAGAAUACAUGGAAAAAGUAGAAUAAAUAUGACCUGAUGA